UCCCAAACAAUCUUUUAACAGAAUUGUAGAGAACAACAAAAAGAAAUGGCUGGGACGAAGAGUGUGAUGAUCAUGGAUUCUUGCAACCUGCAUAACAAAGUUCAUUUGAGUCUCACCCAUUCCAUUGAGAAUCAGAGAUUCAGAUUAGUGUAUCCAUCAACAAGUAGGAGGGGUAACAUGAGAUUUAGAGUGAGGAUAAGGAAGAAGGGGAAGCAAAUUAUCGCACCAACAGUGGCAGCUCUCGUUGAGGAUGAGGCCAUCUCUCACAAGCCCACUACCAUGAAGCUCACUGCGCUAGUUGUCAUUAGAAGCAAUAACAAGGUAUUUCCAAACGAUAUGCUGAAAAACCUCCUAAGCAUUUUCAGGCCUCAAAACCAGCGAAAUGGUGUUGUUCUGCAGCUUGUUAGCUCACGGCUUCAUCCCAGACCAAAAGAGGAUACACUCUCAAUUACAAAGUCAGAGAGUAUGGAGGCAAAGUUGAGCAAGGAAACGGUUUUGGAUUUGUCCGAAGAGCAUAAAUGUGGAGCUGAGGGAGGAAUCAGAACCUAUAAAGUCGAUUUCUCUGUGGAAUCAGAUUUUGGGGUUCCUGGAGCUGUUACCGUCGUUAAUGGCUACGACAGUGAGUUCUUCCUCGAGAGCAUAACUGCACAAAAUGUUCAUUUUGGUUGCAAGUCUUGGGUUCAACCAAAUCAGCUCUACCCAGAAAAGAGAAUUUUCUUCGUUGACAAGGUCUAUCUACCUUGUGAAACGCCAAAUGGGUUGAAAGAACUAAGAGAGAUGGAGUUGAUGCAAUUAAGAGGUGAUGGAAAGGGACGCAGGAAAUAUUGUGAUAGAAUAUAUGACUAUGAUGUAUACAAUGAUUUGGGGGAUCCAGAUAUGGGAAAUGAAUAUGCAAGGCCAACACUGGGUGGCCAAUACAACCCUUAUCCCACACGUUGCCGCACUGGACGUUCACCUACUACCACUGAUAAGAAGGCAGAGUCACGACCGAGUGAAUCAGGGUUAAUAUACGUUCCUAGAGAUGAAGAAUUAGAGGACAUAAAACGAGAAAGUAUUGAUCAAGGGAAAUUGAUGUCAAUGCUGAGGAAUGUUGUGCCUGCGUUAAUAGAUAAAAUAAUGGGCAGUGAAGGAGUUUUCAACAUUGAUUACUUUAUUAAAGAAUCUGAAUCCAAGUCUGAGCUUGGUCGAGGUGCAAUGCUAGCCACACUACCACCACCAUUGUCACAGAUUAUGCUCAAUUUGGGAGGCACCAUAGAAGAAUUUUUUAAAUUUGAUCCUCCAAAAAUUUUUUCAGGGGAAGAAACACAUUUCUUGCUAGAUGAUGAACUUGGACGUCAAGUGCUUACUUCCUUCCCUCUAAGUAUUGAAAGGCUAAAGGUUUUCCCACCUGUGAGCAAACUGGAUCCCUCUUUAUAUGGUUCAGUAGAGUCAGCACUGAAAGAAGAACACAUUAUAGGUCAAAUUGAAGGGAUGUCUAUUCAACAGGCAUUGGAAGAGAAUAAGUUGUUCAUUCUGGACUACCAUGAUUUUUACCUUCCAUUCCUGGGUCGGAUUAAUGCUCUUGAUGAGCGCAAAGCUUAUGCAACCACCACAAUUUUCUUUCUCACCAAAAUGGGAACUCUGAAACCCGUUGCCAUUCAGCUUUCUCUCCCAACAAGAGAUCCAAAUACUUCAUGCAAGCAGGUUCUUACCCCACCAAUAGAUGCCACCUCCAAAUGGCUCUGGCAACUUGGCAAAGCCCAUGUUUGCUCUAAUGAUGCUGGUGUUCAUACUCUUGUGCACCACUGGUUACGAAUACAUGCUUGCAUGGAACCAUUAAUGAUUGCUGCUCAUCGGCAACUGAGCGUGAUGCAUCCUAUAUUCAAACUUUUGCAUCCCCACAUGCGAUACACACUAAAGACAAAUGCGACAACGCGUCAGAUACUUAUCAAUGCCGAAGGAACCGUUGAGACAGACCACACUCCUGGAAGAUACUGUAUGCAAAUUAGUUCUGCUGCCUAUAAAGAUUGGUGGCGGUUUGAUAUGGAAGGUCUUCCUGCUGAUCUCAUAAGAAGAGGUUUAGCAGUUCCAGAUGCAACUCAGCCGCAUGGCAUUAGACUACUUAUUGAAGACUAUCCUUAUGCAGCUGAUGGACUCCUCAUAUGGUCCAGCAUAGAAAAGUUGGUCCGGACCUAUGUGAAACAUUACUAUAAAAACUCCAAUGCCAUUUCUUCUGACAAUGAACUCCAAUCUUGGUACAGCGAAUUCAUCAGUCUCGGACACCCUGAUCACAAAAAUGCUUACUGGUGGCCAAAACUUGCCACCCCUGAGGACCUCAUCUCCAUGCUUACGAUUGUUAUUUGGCUUGUAUCAGCACAGCAUGCUGUCUUGAACUUUGGUCAAUACCCCUAUGGCGGGUAUGUUCCAAUCCGUCCUCCACUAAUGCGAAAACUAAUUCCCAAGAAGGGUGAUCUUGAGUACUCAGAUUUUGUCAUGGAUCCCCAGGGAUACUACUUAUCAGCACUGCCAAGUUUAUUUCAGGCAACAAGGUUCAUGGCUGUGAUCAACAUAGGUUCUGCACAUUCACCUGAUGAGGAAUAUAUAGGAGACAGAAAUGAUGUGUCCUCCUGGUUAGGAGAACCCGAGAUCAUUGAUGCAUUCAGUCAGUUUUCAAUGGAGAUAACAAAUAUUGAGAUCGAGAUUGAGAAAAGAAAUGCUGAUCCAAAUCUUAGAAACAGAUGUGGUGUUGGGGUUUCACCAUAUGAGCUGCUUAUACCAAGCUCAGGAUGUGGGGCAACAGGAAGAGGGGUGCCAAAUAGUGUUACAGCCUAAUACAUUAGCUGAAUGGAAAUGGAUUCCAUAUUCAGUCCUCUGUAAACACAAACGAAAAUGGAAUCGAACGUGUAUUAAAAAGUAGGCAUUCCUAUGAAUACAUUACUAUUUAGUUUAAGUAACUCCAGAACUUGGAUUCUAGUUUGUGCCCUUUGUUUUUUAUAAGUGAACACUUGAUCUAUGCUGUUAUCAAGGAUGUAUCUUAAUUAUUGACAAGUCAAAAUCAUAGAUAUAAAGUGUUGAUGU